GUCAAUGCGAAAUAAAUCUAAACAUUUUUUCUUGGCGGACAUUGGGAAGAAGAGUCGUAAACUGCAGAUCCUUUAUACUACCAAAGUCUGAAAUGAGAGAUAAAUCAGAGCUUUUGUCAAUUGUCGAGUCUCAGCUCGCCGGAUCUCUCAUUCUCUCUUCCAUGAUCUUCAAGUCAAUCAGCUAAGAGUGUGAUAAACAAGGAGAGAAGGGGGAGUAGUAGCAUGAGGCCGAUGAAUUUGGUGGGCAGAGAUCGAAUUGAGGCAUUUGUUUCGUUUUUCGUCACUCUUCUACCCCACGAGCUCUCCGCUUUGCUUUACUCCACCUCCACUUUUUUCUUUAUUUUGAGUGCAUAUUUCGUGGUGCUUCCUUUACGUGAUGAAGGAGCUAUAUCUCUAGGCCUGGGGAAUCUACCGAGCUUGUUUGUUGGAUCCUUGCUACUCACACUGGUCGCUGCCCCUGUUUCCACCUUAAUGUUUUCGUUGCCUAAUCUUUCCAAGUCCAAGGCUUUGGUCUUGAUACACAGGUUUUUUGGGGUCACUCUUGUUGCAUUCUACGUCUUGUGGCUUUCUUCUACUCCCGGAAGUUCACCAUUUAAUAUCAAGGGACUGUUCUCUGUGUCCUCAACCAUAAAACAGGAACUAAAAGUGGAAGUCGGUCACACGAAUACUCCAAACUCGGCAAGUUGGAGCAACCGUGGGUGGUUUUACGUGUCAGUGAGAAUUGGCUUGUUUCUUUGGGUUGCUUUGCUUAAUCUUAUUACUAUAUCUUCAACUUGGGCUAGAGUUAUUGAUGUGAUGGAUAGUGAGUCAGGUUUAAGAUUGUUUGGGUUUAUUGGUGCUGGUGCUACACUUGGCCAGCUGUUUGGUUCGCUAUUUGCAACGGGAAUGGCUUGGUUAGGACCGCAUUUACUUCUUGUUUCAGCAAUUCUCAUGGAACUUGCUGCACAAUCAUCAAAAGGGAUCAAGAAAGAUGUCUUACAACUUCGUGAAGAACUAUCUCCCUUCAGAGAAGCUUAUAUGGAUCAAGCCAAAGAGGACGAGGAUGAAUCAAAGCUCACACAGAGAACAACUUCCCCAAAAUCGCCAGCUUCUGUAGCAAAGCCUCAGCUCUGGGCUAUAUUGGAUGGGUUAAAGCUAAUUCUAUCUUCGACUUACUUGUUGCACGUAUCAUUAUUCCUUUGGUUGAGUGCGGUUGUUUCCUCGUUUUUUUACUUUCAGAAAGUAACUGUUAUUGCUGCUGCAGUAACAGAUCCAACUGGUAGAAGAAGAUUAUUUGCACAGAUCAAUAGCUUUAUUGCUAUUUUUAUCCUUGCUGGACAACUUACUUUGACGGGGCGCAUCCUUACUUUUGCUGGUGUCACUCUAGCCAUUUGCUCCACACCUUUUGUUGCAUUCACAAAUUUAAUUGCUUUAGCAGUAUGGCCUACAUGGAUUGCAGUGGCCGUCUCAGAAACCCUGAGGAAGGUGGUCACAUAUGUAGUUACCAGGCCUGGAAGGGAGCUUCUUUUCACUGUUGUCUCACAGGAUGAGAAGUAUAAAGCAAAGGUAUGCAUAGAUGUGAUAGUUCAAAGACUUGGAGAUGCUACAGCAGCUGGAAUGUACAAGCUACUCUUCAGCACUCUCAAUGGCAAGGCAUCAACUGUUUCUCUAUAUGCCCUACCUGUCUGCUUCAUGUGGAUACUGACAGCAUUCUAUCUAGGACACCGAUACAAGCAACUUUCAAUGGCUCAGCCCUCUCAACCUGCUGAAACAUGUAGAAAAUGAUUUUUAUACGCUUCAUAUGGAACUAAGGCCAAACAUGAAGAUUUUUGUAUCUUUCAGCUCCUCGAUGGUAAAAAUAGCCAGUUCCUUUUCUUCUUUGGAUCAA